UACAGAAGGUCCUUGUCUGGUACACACAAUUACUGGAGAUUUGCUGAGAGCCCUGGAAGGAACAGAAAACUGCUUGUAUCCUCGCUUAAUUUCAGUAUCUAGUGAAGGUCACUGCAUCAUCUACUAUGAACGAGGUUUUCAAUUUCAGCAUUAAUGGCAAACUCUUAGCUCAGAUGGAGAUCAAUGAUUCAACCAGGGCCAUCCUCCUGAGCAGUGAUGGGCAGAACCUGGUGACAGGGGGAGACAAUGGUGUAGUGGAAGUAUGGCAGGCCUGUGACUUCAAGCAGCUCUAUAUUUACCCUGGCUGUGAUGCUGGCAUAAGAGCUAUGGAUCUGUCUCACGAUCAGAGAACUCUGAUUACUGGCAUGGCUUCUGGCAGUAUCGUAGCCUUUAAUAUAGAUUUUAACCGGUGGCAUUAUGAACAUCAGAACAGAUACUGAAGUGGAACGAAGAACUGAAAGCCCAGGUAAAACUGAGAGCACAAGUGCUGCAAUGAAAGGUGUAGUCUCUGAUGGAAAACCAUGUCUGCAUUGACCUCCGUUGUACAUUCCAUUACACCCAGCAAUAGCUGUACAUUGUAGUCAGCAACCAUUUUACUUUGUGUGUUUUUUCACAACUGAACACCAGCUGCUGAAAAGCAAGCUUGUAUCAUGUAAAUUAUAUGAAUUAGGAGAUGUUUUGGUAAUUAUUUCAUAUAUCUUUGUUUAUUGAGAAAAGGUAGUAGGAUGCGCCACAAGAGACUUUUGAAAAUUCUGGGGAACCUUGUGUCCAGUUGUUUCAAUGUUUAGGCUUUGAACCUAACAUGCAUCCCAUCUCCAGCCUCUUUUCAAGCUGAGAAAAAAAAUAUACGUUUGAUACUUUGUACAUCAGAUGCACAUCUUAACUUUAAAGGGAUACUUUUGUAAAAGUAAAACCUUGUAUAAAGAACAAAACUGUUUCUUAAUUUUAUUGUGGAGUUACAACUUGCAUGUACUUUAAACCUGAUGUCUCGAAGGAAUAGAUGCGUUCACACAAAUCAAACUGGAGAUCUGCCUAAGGGUACAGCUUGUGUUAAAGGUUUGAAUUUGGGUGCAAACAGUAAUUUUGACAUUUCCACCAAUGCGUUUUUCACUUUUUGAAUCUAAACUUUACCCCUCUUAAGUGGAGUUCUGCUCAUGAAGUAUUUGGAUAAAAAGCCAUCAUUUGCCGUAUUUAUACUUUAUACAAUAGAAAUUAAAUUCCUCCCUUUUAAAUUCAAUGACUGAACAGAAAGGGAGCAAAGAGGAAAGUUCAGUUUAAUGCUUUGUAAUGCUUAAUGACUCCCAAUACAGACAAAGUGCUAUACUUCUGGAUUAUUAGCAUUUGUCAUACAAACCAUGGGUGAGAAAGCCCCCAGUGAUUUUUUUUCCUUAUUUUUCGUCUGAACAGCUUGAUUUAUUUGACAGCCUUAGCUUCAUUGUAAAGGUGACUGAGGUUAUUCUUUUCAGUUCUUCUGAAAAUCUCACCUGAAGCCACUCAGACUAAGACACUUCGUGUUUUACAAUACUGUAAUGAUAAUUAUCGGAAUAAUUUUCUGCACAUUGUACUGAUCAAAUUACACACCCAGGGGUAUAUACACUUUAAUUCAUGUUUCUUCUUUGUAUAUUUGGUGACUGUAUUGUCAUAGAUGUACAUAUUGUGUCGGUAGGGCUAUGAGGCAUGUAACAGGAAUGUAAUUUUCUCAGAAUUUACACUCACUUGCAGUCAUUUAUUUAAAAAGAUAAUGGAUUCUUUGUAUUGGCACUUUGCACCAGAAACAUAUCAUUAUUUAUUGAUGUGAUUACUUAUUCGUUAUCCACCUUGUAUUAGCAAGUUUAGCACUGAAUUUCCUUCUUCAUUGUUGUUUGUAUUUAUAAGAUUCUGAAAUCAUGGGGAUCCAUGUAAUGAUUAAGUUAUUCAUCACCCGUCUGUAAGCAAUAUCUUGAGUUUGUAGCUUAGAAUUGGGAGACUAUUGAACAUCUGGAAGACAAGUUCAUUUCAUCUUGAGAUCAUGGUGAAAUAUUUUGGAUAUAUAAAUUCCUUAAGCUAUUGUAACCAUGUUUUAUUGCAAAGAUGUAAAAUAUGCCAGAUGUGUGUGAGUUGGAAAUCAAAAAAGAAAAAUAAAAUAUGCAAAG